AUGUCCUCCCCACCCCAGGACACUCCAUUAUCCCCUCCCCCAAGCCCAGCUUCUCCAGAAAGCCACGAUCAGGGGCAGCAGAAGCCACCGGAGCAACGGGAGGGGCAGCAAGAGCAGCCUGAAGGAGUAAAGCUUAAGAAAGCGCACUCGGUGGAGGUGGAUGUUUUCGCUGAAGAAAAGGAGCGAGCCCCCACGCCACCUACUCCUCCAGAAGAGAGAUUGAGGAGGCAAGCACAAGCAACAGAAAUUCUUAAAGCUCUUCAGGAGGCGGAAAAAAAGAGACAAGAGGAAGAAGAAGAGAGGAAGAGGAAGGAGAAGGAGGAAGAAGAAGAGAGGAAGAGGAAGGAGAAGGAGGAAGAAGAAGAGAGGAAGAGGAAGGAGAAGGAGGAAGAAGAAGAGAGGAAGAGGAAGGAGAAGGAGGCAGAGGAAGAGAGGCAGAGGAAGGAGAAGGAGGAAGAAGAAGAGAAGAAGAGGAAGGAGAAGGAGGAAGAAGAAGAGAGGCAGAGGAAGGAGAAGGAGGCAGAGGAAGAGAGGCAGAGGAAGGAGAAGGAGGCAGAGGAAGAGAGGCAGAGGAAGGAGAAGGAGGAAGAAGAAGAGAGGCAGAGGAAGGAGAAGGAGGAAGAAGAAGAGAGGCAGAGGAAGGAGAAGGAGGAAGAAGAAGAGAGGCAGAGGAAGGAGAAGGAGGCAGAGGAAGAGAGGCAGAGGAAGGAGAAGGAGGAAGAAGAAGAGAGGCAGAGGAAGGAGAAGGAGGAAGAAGAAGAGAGGCAGAGGAAGGAAAAGGAGGCAGAGGAAGAGAGGCAGAGGAAGGAGAAGGAGGCAGAGGAAGUUACAGCAGCACCAGCGAUUGUGGUACAGCGUGCUGAGGAUUCAAAGAAGGCCCUGGAGAAUGCGCUACGCUUGCUUCGGGGAGAUGCACAAGAGGUGGCCAGCGCAUCAGAGACAGAGUCAGAUACAGAGGAGGAGGUUGACGAUCCCCUGCUACAACGGCUAACCCCCGAGCAAAGAGUUCUUGUAUCCAAGCUCCAAGAGGUCCAUGCACAGGUGGAGGAAAUGGAAAAGCAGUAUGAAGAAGAAGUGGAGCUUUUAAGGUACCAGUACGAAAAGCGGCUGAUUCCGCUAUACCAGAAGCGCGCUGAGCUGCUCUCAUGCCCUCCAAAGCAGGCAGCAGCUGAAGCAGCGGCUGUAGCUGCCGCAGUUGCGGCAGGGGCUCCAGCGGUAUCAGAUUUAGCAGCAGAAGCACCGGAAGAUGCGGGAGAUACUGCCUCCGUGGCUACCCCAGGCCUCCCCGGCUUUUGGUUGGCAGUGCUGGAGAGGGACAGCCGCAUUAGAGCGACGCUUAAGGAUGGAGACAGGGCGGCGCUGCUGUACUGCCAAGAUAUUCGAGCCGAGAAGCGGCUGCGAAGGGAGGAGGGCUUUAAGCUCUUUUUCUUCUUUUCGGAAAACCCAUUUUUCUCGAACCAAGUCCUUAGCAAAGAGUUCCUUAUGCGGCCUGAAGGAGACGACCUGGUUGUCAGCAAAACCAUCGGCACGGAUAUCCAGUGGAAAGAAGGCAUGGAUCUGACCAAGUCGAUUCGCAUCAGCAAGCAGCGCAAUAUUCGAACGAAGGAAGUGCGGGUGUUGCAGACCAUCAGCGAGGAGAAAUCAUUUUUCCGAUUUUUCGAUUUUACCGAAGUGCCUUCUCCUAAAGCCAUGAAGAUCAUGGGCGAAGACGAUACCAGGGAGCUGUUUAAGCGGCUGAGCGCUGAGUAUGACAUUGCCAUGAUCCUUAGAGACCUCAUCAUUCCCAGAGCCGUCAACAUCUAUCUUGGCAUUGAAGCAGGGGAAUCGGCGAGUGAGGAGAGUAGCGAAGAAGAUUAA